CAAGGUGGUCCCCACACGGCCCCGUCCCGCCCCCCAGAGCUGUUCGGGUCGGUGGAGCCGCUCCUGCCCACCCUGCGUGAGGACGGGGUGGCCGUGUGGGUGUUGGGCCGGGGGCCGUACCCGCCAGGGGUCGUGGCCCUGCAGGAGCUGCUGGACGCGGCCUCGGACCAGCUGGAGCCCGAGGACGUUUGGGAGCCCCAGGACAUGAAUGAGACCUGCCUGUACAUCUUCACCUCGGGCACCACUGGGCUCCCCAAAGCCGCCCGCGUGUCGCACCUCAAGUCCAUCAUGUGCCUGGGCUUCUACGAGCUGGUGGGAGCCUCCAGCGGGGACGUUGUGUACCUGGCACUGCCCCUCUACCACAUGGCCGGGGCCCUCCUGGGCAUCGUCGGCUGCCUCGGCAUCGGAGCCACGUGUGUGCUGAGGGAGAAGUUCUCAGCCAGCCAGUUUUGGGAUGACUGUCGUGCCGAGGGCGUCACCGUGUUCCAGUACAUUGGGGAGCUGUGCCGGUACCUUGUCAACCAGCCCCAGCGCCCUGGUGAGCGGCAGCACGGGCUCCGGUUGGCCGUGGGCUCUGGGCUCAGACCCGACGUGUGGAAGAGUUUCCAGCAGCGCUUCGGGCCCAUCCGGAUCGUGGAGACCUAUGGGAUGAGCGAGGGAAACGUCACCCUCUUCAACUACACCGGGACCCCCGGGGCCGUGGGCAGGGGCAGUUUCAUCUACAAGCUCUUCUCGCCCUUUGAGAUCGUUCGGUUCGACGUGGCCGCGGGAGCCCCGGAGCGGGACCGGGCCGGGCGCUGCAUCCGCGCAGGGCCGGGCGAGACGGGGCUGCUGAUCGCGCCGGUGACCCCCCGGACCCCGUUCCUGGGCUACGCGGGCCCCCCCGAGCUGUCGGAGCAGAAGCUGCUCCGGGGGGUCUUUGCCGAGGGCGACGCGUUUUUCAACACCGGGGACCUGGUGGAGCAGGACCGGGACCAGUUCGUGCGGUUCCGGGACCGCACCGGAGACACCUUCAGGUGGAAGGGGGAGAAUGUGGCCACCACGGAGGUGGCCGAGGCCCUGCUGGCCCACGAGUCCCUGCAGGAAGCCACCGUUUAUGGGGUCACCAUCCCAGGGCACGAGGGCCGUGCCGGGAUGGCGGCGCUGGUGCUGCAGCCGGGACAUUCCAUGGAUGGGCCAGGGCUGUUCCGGCACUUGGAGCAGCUGCUCCCGCCCUAUGCGUGGCCCCGCUUCCUCAGGGUGCAGGAGCGCCUGGAGAUGACGGAGACGUUCAAGCAGCAGAAGGUCCGUCUGGCUCAGGAAGGGGCUGAUCCUGGGAUCGUUCCCGACCCGCUCUUCCUGCUGGACGAGGCCUCACAGUCCUACAUCCCGCUGGAUCCCGAGCUCUGGGAACGGCUCCAGACCGGGCACCUCCGCAUUUAACCCCCCACGGGAGACCCCAAAGCUCCCAGGGGGCCCCAGAGCUGGGCCCGGGGCUGUCCCGGGGGCUGCGGGGGCUCCGUGUCUGUCCUGGGGGUCCCCAAAUCUGUCCUGCCACCACCAUGAACCCCAC